AUGGAAGACCAGUUAGAAAGAGAUAAUUCACCACAAGCAUUCGAUGCUGAGGAUGGAGAUGGAAGCUCAAAUACUGAAACAAACAGUGCUAUAUUGGAACGUUUACGCGAAAUUUUGAAGCAAUGCGAAUCGACUAUUGAAGAUCUGCGCCAAACAGUAGCAACGUUAAAACAUAAUAUUGAGGAACAAUGUGAUGAAAUUGUACGCUUAAAAAAUUUAAACAGCAAUACUCAUAAGCCGGUUGUGACAGAUAUCUAUCAAACUGUCACCAAUUCUCCUGCAGUAGGCAUAAUUCGUAUCACUAAAGCUAUCCCGAUGCUCUAUAAUAUCCGCAAUGUGAAAACAAUCCCGGUACAAUCUUCAACAGUGCGAUUUUUAGAUCGUUGCAAUAAGAUAACAGAAGAGGGCUUUUUGCUUUGUCACGAAAAUUAG